AUGCCGCCGCUUCAAAUCGACUUUGAGAAAGAGGCCAAAGGUCCCCGGCUGGUGUACUUUAAGGAGAUCUCCCGGAAUCACUUUGAAUACCAAUUCGCAGGCUUGCCGCUGCAACGGAAAAUUGACGGCUUCGAUUUCGAGCCGAUCCAGCCGGAUGGCUUCGGGUUUGACGUGGAGGACUUUAGAAAUGCCAAACACCUCUUCGUCCGAGAUGAUGAUGUCUUUGUGCUGACCUACCCGAAAAGCGGAACCACAUGGAUUCAGAAUAUUGUGUAUCAGAUUUUGCAUGGGAAAACGGCAGAAAUUCAAUACAUGGCAUCCCCAAUGCUCGAAUUCUUUGGCCCGAAAUAUGUAGACGAACUGGAGUCCCCGAGGAUUAUUAAGUCCCAUCUCCGCCCCGAAAUGCUGCCAAACCUCAGUGAUGCAAAAUUCAUCUUCGCCGCCCGGAAUCCAAAGGAUUUGUGCGUCAGUUACUAUCAUCAUUUCAAAAAUAUGAAAGCCUAUGAAUGUAAAGAUAUGGAAUUCGACGACUUUUUCGAAUUUUUCAUGGAUGGGACGACAAGUUAUGGCGAUUAUUUUGAGUAUUUGAAAAGGUUCUUCCCACUUUUAUCAAACGCAAACUGGUAUACCGUACUGUAUGAAGAAUUACUGGCCGAACCGAGGAAACAUAUUGAGAAAAUGGCGAAGCACCUCGGAGUUGAAUUGAAUUCUACCCGACUGGACGAGAUCUUGAAAGCAACCAGCUUCAGCGAGAUGAAGACCGCCGCUAGCAAAUUUUUCCCUGAUGAAGUUUUCCGAAACAACGAGAAAGACACUGACAGUCCGGUGAACACCCACUUCCGGCAAGGAAAAUCUGGGGAUUGGCGGAAUUGGUUGACAAAAUCCCAAAGCGAGCGUAUGGACCAGAAGUGUGCGCGAGCCCUCGCCGGUACGAUCUCAAAAGGCCAUGUCGAAUACCAGUUCGACGGGUUGCCGCUUCUACGCAAGAUCAAUGGCCUAACUUUCGAACCGCUUCAGCCUGCUGGCUUUGAUGUUGAGGACUUAAAAAAUUCCAAGCAUCUAAAAGUCCGUAACGACGAUGUCUUUGUACUGACGUACCCAAAAAGUGGGACAACAUGGAUCCAAAAUAUUGUCUAUCAGAUUUUGCACGGGCAGGAGUCAGAUGCCUUGUAUCGAGCCUCACCAAUGCUGGAGUUCUUGGGCCCAAAAUAUGUGGACGGAUUGGAGUCGCCGAGAAUCAUUAAGAGUCAUCUUGGGCUGGAUAUGCUUCCAAAUCUCGAUAGCGCUAGGGUAAUUUUCGUAGCCCGAAACCCGAAGGACGUGUGUGUCAGCUACUACCAUCACUAUAAAAACCUGAAAGCCUACAAAUGCAAAGAUAUCCAAUUUGACGACUUUUUCGAGCUGUUCAUCGACGGGACGGCGAGCUACGGGGAUUAUUUCGAGCAUUUAAAGGAUUACUUGCCUCAUCUCGGAAAUUCAAAUUUCUACGCAGUGCUGUACGAGGAAUUGCUCGAAGACCCAAGGAAGCAGAUCGCGGGAAUAGCUGAACUGCUCGGAAAACCGCUCGAUGCACCCCGCGUCGCAGAGAUUGCAGCUUCCAGUAACUUCCACAGAAUGCAAAAGACGGCCAGAAAAUUUUUCCGCGACGGUGCUUUCCGAGACGAUGACAAGGAAGAUCAUGCUCCUGUAAACAAGCAUUUUCGAAAUGGUCGAUCCGAGGAUUGGCGCAAUUAUUUUACGCAAUCACAAAGCGAUCGUAUCGAUGCGAAAUUUUCACAGGUCCUCGAAGGGACUGUAGCGGAAAACUGGUGGCACGAGGAGAUGAAAUGGAAA